UCCGCACGCUGGGGCGGGGCCUGACGAGCACGCGUGGAGCGUGGGUUCGCGUUCUGCCGCGGGUCUCUCGCGCUGGUGGCGCGCAGUUCCGGGAGAACCGAGAAGCUGCGGGAGCUGUGGGAGCUGCGGGUCGCAGACCGCCCGCCUUGGCUCCGUGCCUGCGCGCGCCCGGGAGCGGGCCGGGCCCACCAUGGCUCACCGCUGCCUGCUGCUGUGGGGCCGGGGCGGCUGCCGUCGCGGCCUUCCGCCCCUGCUCGUGCCCAGCGGCUGCCUGGGUCCCGGCCGGCGGCCCUGCCUCCGUACGCUUUAUCAGUAUGCCACGGUCCAAACGGCACACAGCAGAAGUUCUCUUCUGAGGGAUGUAAUUGCUGCUUAUCAAAGAUUCUGUUCUCGACCUCCCAAAGGAUUUGAAAAAUACUUUCCUAAUGGAAAAAAUGGAAAGAAGGCCAGUGAACCUAAGGAAGCUGUUGGAGAAAAAAAAGAGUCACAACUCUCCGGCCCCCAGUCGUCUGGAGGUGCAGGAGGUGGGGGAGGGAAGCGCCGUGGCAAGAAAGAAGAUUCUCACUGGUGGUCCAGGUUCCAGAAGGGUGACUUUCCAUGGGAUGACAAGGAUUUCAGGAUGUACUUUCUCUGGACUGCUCUUUUUUGGGGUGGAGUCAUGAUUUACUUCCUGGUCAAGAGCUCUGGGAGAGAAAUCACGUGGAAAGACUUUGUCAAUAACUAUCUUUCUAAAGGAGUGGUGGACAGACUAGAAGUUGUCAACAAGCGUUUUGUUCGUGUGACCUUUACACCAGGGAAAACUCCGGUUGAUGGGCAAUACGUCUGGUUUAAUAUUGGCAGUGUUGACACAUUUGAACGGAAUCUGGAGACUUUGCAACAAGAAUUGGGCAUAGAAGGGGAGAACCGGGUACCUGUGGUUUACAUUGCGGAAAGCGAUGGCUCCUUCCUGCUCAGCAUGUUGCCCACGGUCCUCAUUAUCGCUUUUCUACUCUACACCAUAAGAAGAGGGCCCGCUGGCAUUGGUCGGACCGGCCGGGGAAUGGGUGGACUCUUCAGUGUUGGGGAAACCACAGCCAAGGUCUUAAAGGAUGAGAUAGAUGUGAAGUUUAAAGAUGUGGCUGGCUGUGAGGAGGCCAAGCUAGAAAUAAUGGAAUUCGUGAAUUUCUUGAAAAACCCAAAGCAAUAUCAAGACCUAGGAGCAAAAAUUCCAAAGGGUGCCAUUCUCACCGGUCCCCCAGGUACUGGGAAGACACUGCUAGCUAAGGCCACAGCUGGAGAAGCCAAUGUCCCCUUUAUCACUGUCAGCGGAUCUGAGUUUCUGGAGAUGUUUGUCGGGGUUGGUCCAGCCAGAGUCCGAGACUUAUUUGCCCUUGCUCGGAAAAAUGCGCCUUGUAUCCUCUUCAUUGAUGAGAUCGAUGCUGUGGGGAGGAAGCGUGGUAGAGGCAACUUCGGAGGACAGAGUGAGCAGGAGAACACCCUCAAUCAGCUGCUCGUGGAGAUGGAUGGCUUCAACACAACCACCAAUGUGGUCAUCCUGGCAGGCACAAACCGACCGGACAUCCUGGACCCAGCUUUACUGAGGCCGGGCCGCUUUGACAGGCAGAUCUUUAUUGGACCCCCAGACAUAAAAGGACGAGCCUCAAUCUUCAAAGUUCACCUUCGACCACUGAAACUAGACAGUGCCUUGGAAAAAGAUAAAUUGGCCAGAAAACUGGCAUCCUUAACUCCAGGGUUUUCAGGCGCUGAUGUUGCCAAUGUCUGCAAUGAAGCUGCCUUGAUUGCUGCAAGACACCUUUCAGAUGCCAUUAAUGAGAAGCACUUCGAACAAGCGAUUGAGCGUGUGAUUGGAGGCUUGGAGAAAAAAACCCAAGUUCUACAGCCUGAGGAGAAGAAGACGGUGGCUUACCACGAAGCAGGCCACGCAGUUGCCGGCUGGUAUCUGGAGCAUGCAGACCCGCUCUUAAAGGUGUCCAUCAUCCCUCGGGGUAAGGGGCUGGGCUAUGCUCAGUACUUGCCCAAGGAGCAGUAUCUGUACACAAAGGAGCAGCUGCUGGACAGGAUGUGCAUGACUCUGGGUGGCCGUGUCUCUGAGGAGAUCUUCUUUGGAAGAAUUACAACCGGUGCCCAGGAUGACUUGAGGAAGGUGACCCAGAGUGCCUAUGCCCAGAUUGUUCAGUUUGGCAUGAACGAGAAAGUGGGGCAGAUCUCCUUUGACCUUCCACGACAGGGAGACAUGGUGUUAGAGAAACCUUACAGUGAAGCCACUGCAAGGAUGAUAGAUGAUGAAGUGAGGAUACUCAUCAACGAAGCUUAUAAAAGAACUGUGGCUCUUCUCACAGAGAAAAAGGCUGACGUGGAGAAGGUUGCUCUCUUACUGUUAGAAAAAGAAGUAUUAGACAAGAACGACAUGGUUAAACUUCUGGGUCCCAGACCAUUUACAGAAAAAUCCACAUAUGAAGAAUUUGUGGAAGGCACCGGCAGCUUAGACGAGGACACUUCUCUUCCUGAAGGCCUUCAAGAUUGGAACAAGGAGCGGGAGAAGGAAGAGAAGAAGAAGGAGAAGGAGGAGCCCCUGAAUGAGAAGGUUGUCAGCUAGGCCCAGGGCUGAAGGCCCCUUUCUUCCUUGUGUCCUUCCAGAGCCUCAGUCUGAGUUUGAGCAGCAGCCGUCAGAACAAGAGCCCUGGUGCAGAGGCAGCUGCUGCAGCCAGGCUGUGAGGAUGGCCUCCACUGCAGCCAGGCUGUGAGGAUGGCCUCCACUGCAGCCAGGCUGUGAGGAUGGCCUCCACUGCAGCUGAGGGUAUCGGCCACUGCCCAGGGCGCAGAAGGAGACUGCCUCAGCCUUGACCUCAUGGACAGUGGCUGGAACAGGAGAGAGUGCCACCCGCCAAGGGAACAAGGUUCCCUGUCCCGUGGAACCCUAUCACAUGGGAGAAGACUUUCCUCCCAUCACCAUCUUCAUUCCUCCUGUGACAUCUCUGCAGACGUGCUGUGAAAUUCAGUUGGAGUCCUGAGAAGAAUAUUUUGAUUCAACCAAAUAUUUUCAAAUUUGAAUUCAGAUCACUUGUUGCUGUUUUAAUGGAAUGGUUUUCUAUAGAGAACUGUAACAUAUUUAAAAACAUGAAUGUAUUAUGUAAAUAUGGAUUCUUUACAUCAGAAAUAAAAGGUGGACAUUA